AUUAAAACUUCACUUGAGUACUUUCAAAUUUUGACAUCCUCUUUUAAAUUCUUCCUUCUCCUUUUCUCUCGCAACAUCACCAAAACCCUAAUCACCACCGCGGCCGCCGGCAACCAUGGACUUCCUUUUCCAAAAUGCCAAAUAUAUUGUAAUGAACCACCUUAGCCACCAACCGGUUUUUCAAACUGUCCGAUAUUGGCUAGUCGACCAUCCAAUAAUUGUCAACUUUUCUUGGAAACAAGGCGAAACUCCAGCUUCUUCUUUGCUUUUCCUUACACUUACUCUUCUUUCAUAUCUUUUUUUCACUUUUUUUCUCUCUCACGUAACCAAACCCAAUUUCAGCCCUAAAUUUGUCAGAAACCUCACUGCCGUUCAUGAUGUGGUUCUUCUUUCACUUUCCUACGUUAUGGCGCUUGGUUGCAGUCUUUCCAUUCUCAUUCUUGCACCAGACAUUGAUUAUAUCGUUUGUUUCCCUAAGAAAACUCCGCCAACAGGACCUCUCUUUUUCUGGGCUUAUAUAUUUUAUUUGUCCAAGAUUUAUGAGUUUAUGGAUACCCUUUUGAUAAUUUUGAGCAAUUCCAUUCAAAGAUUGACAUUUCUCCACCUCUACCACCACUCCGUCGUGGUGGUUAUGUGUUAUAUAUCUUUAAACAUUUCUCAGUCGAUGUUCCAACCAGUUCUUGUUACUAAUGCACUUGUGCAUGUGAUUGUGUACUUCUAUUAUUUUCUUUGUGCUUUAGGGAAAAGACCCAGAUGGAAAAAAUUGGUUACAGACUGCCAGAUUACGCAGUUCUUCUCAAGCUUUGCAAUCAUGGCGUGGAUUUUCUACUACCAUUUUACUGGCUCCGGUUGCUCUGGAAUCAUGGGUUGGUGCUUCGACGCCGUUUUCAUCACUUCUCUUUUGUUUAUGUUUCUUGAUUUUCAUUCCAAGAACUAUUCGAAGGAGAAGACCAAAGGAAACUAGGUUUACCAAUUUCAUUAAUGGUCAAAGAUACCUGUCGUUGACCAUUUUUGAAAAUUUCCUUUCUUUCAUUUGCUAUCUCAAUCAUUUUUAUGGUAUUAUUAUUAUUAUUAUUAUUAUUAUUAUUAUUAUUUUGAUUUUAUGUGCACGUUCACGUAGUACAAACAAGAGCGUUUGGUACUCGAAGGUUCAUUACAAAAUUAUUAUAAAUUAAAAACAUUAAUUUCAAAUUAAAAAGAAAAGGAUAAACUCUCGUUUGCACUUGUGAACGUGUGCAAAAAAUCUAUUAAUAUUUUGUUUUUCAUUUAUUUAUUUUUGUUAAUUCAAUGCAAUGUCAUGAGUGGAAAAGAAAAUUUGAAGAAGAAGAAGAAGAAGAGUGAUGACACUUUUUACGUACAAUAUGAGUGGAAAAAAAAGAAAAUAUGGGUAGAUGUGAAACACUUAUUAUGUACACUAUAUAUCUUACUGUUAUUUCUGUCUUUGUUUCUGGUGCUUACUGUUGUCUUUAUUUCUAGACAGUACAUGUUAACUAGGUUUGGUUUCUUUUGAGUAAUGGAGAUUGUGUCCAAAAUGUCCUUUCUAUUGUAUCUUUAAAAAAAAAAAAAAAGAAAUAGAAAAAAGGAAUAAUUUUAUGAGUUGUUUAA